AUGACAACGACAACCCCUCUUGAGCCGUUCCAAGAGCGCAAGCACCCUUCCAUACGUUUGGCUCCUGUACACGCUACCUCCACGACAGGACAGCCCUUGACAUUUGGUCGAAGGAAGAAGCUCGACGGUUUCAGCGGUUCAAAGGGCGUUAACAAGUCAUCAUCAUGUUUGGAGACACCAGUGCAUAAGCUCAUAACAGAAUUAAACUCGCUUCCUUCAACAUCCUCAGUGCCUACGCAAAAGGUUGCAUCCUCAGACACUCGUUUAUGGACAGAUAAAUACCGGCCUCAUAAGUUCACAGAUUUGAUGGGUGAUGACAGACUGAAUAGACAGGUUAUGAGCUGGUUAAAGGAAUGGGAUCAAUGUGUUUUCGGCAAGAAAACGGCCGAUUCUUUGUACAAGCGUAAACGAGAUGCUGAACCGUUCGCAUAUCGUGAUCCAUACAACCUCGGUAGACCGCAAGAACGCGUUAUGCUGAUUAGUGGCCCACCGGGUCUCGGUAAAACGACGUUAGCCUAUGUGAUAGCUAAACAAGCAGGAUAUCGUGUAUUUGAAGUGAACGCAAGUGAUGACAGGUCUGCACGUACUGUAGACGAAAAACUUAAAUCAGCUUUAGACGUUAACCCCAUCACAUUUGACGGAAAGAUCGAUAAAAGACCCACACUCGUUCUCAUCGAUGAGAUUGACGGUGCUACUGGUGAAGGAAGUGGUGGAUUUGUGAGACAGUUAAUCAAUAUUACUAACGAUCACGUACCUAAAAAGCGUAAAAAUGGAACAACUCAGCCACGUUUAUUGUUGAGACCCAUUAUAUGCAUAUGUAAUGACUUGUAUGCUCCAUCAUUACGCUCUCUUAGACCAAUAUCGCGUAUUGUUAGGUAUAAGCCGCCCUCGAUGCUCUCUACCGUGACGCGAUUGAAGGAUAUUUGUGGUGAAGAGGAAAUGUACGCUGACACAAAGUCAUUAAAUGCACUUGCGGAAGCUUCGGGUGGUGAUAUACGCAAUUGCUUAAAUACUCUCCAGUUUAUGAAGAACAACGAGAUGGAUAUACAUCAAGCAAUAACGAAUAACUCAAAAGAUACAAGUAGGAGCGUUCCUAGCGUGAUGCAACAGGUAUUCAAACUCCAGAAGAGUAAAACAGCAUCUGUACAACCAACUGUGCAGUCUAUCAUUGAAUGUGGAGAGUAUGACAAGAUAUCACAGUCAUGUUUCGAAGGCUACUUAACUGCAAGGGUUAAUGACAGCAGAUGGGAGAGAUAUAUCAAUGCUAUUAAUGCCCUCACUGAUGCAGAUAUAAGAACUGGCAUUAAUGAUGACUAUACACCCUACCAUUUAUCUAAAUUUCACUUACAAUUUGCGAACAUCAAUAAUGGCCAUAUUAGCGCUGCCGGUAGUAAAGACUAUGAGGUAUACUUAGAGCGUACCAACAAUCUUGAAGUUGCGAAAUCGUUCAAGACAAGCUUGCCAAAUGAGUUGUAUAGGUGUUACGAUUUGAACAAUCUUGUUGUUGAAUUAUCACCGCUUUUAACUCAAAUAUUAUCAGUAAAUAUUAAAUUAACAAAUGCGCAGGUUGCAACAGAAGCAGAUAGACAGACAAUGCAACGCGCGGUAGACAUAUGCGUAGACUUAAACCUCGACCUUAAGCUUGACAAAGACGAGGAUAAUAAGCCACUUAUAAGGAUGGAACCUGCUAUUGAUUCACUCACGCAAUUAUUCACUAGCAGCAGUCUUUCAACUUUUUCAACUAAGCAGUUAUUAUCAAAAGAAAUUAACAACGAGAAAACACGUCGCAAAACUGCUAAAGUCAAAUCUGAUAAACCCUCCCUCAAUGAGAAAUACGCUGUUGAUAAUCUUAAUCCAGUUGUUACAGUAGAUGACGCAACACCUAAGGACUUCUUUGGUAGGAAGGUAAUACCAACAACUGAAAACUCACCUGAGACAACUCUGGAGACCGCAAAGGAACCAACGGUUGCACCACAUUAUAAAUACUUUGAGGGUUUCUCAAACGCAGUACGCAAGCCAAUUAAAAUAUCCCAAUUGUUGUAA